GGGUCGUUGAAAAUUUUCUUUGUAAUCUAUCAUCUAGAAAAGAAAAUCAAUGUUUUCAAUUGGACAUGAGCAGCAUGAUUAGAAGGAAGACCAGAAUAAUUCCAAUUUGGCAAGAGGUAGCUCCUUACAUAAACAGGUAGAGCUUACUACCUUACAACCUUAAACCCACAUUACACAAUGGCUUCUUUUUGGCUUAAUCCUAUUCCUUUCCGAGCUUUAUUAAUCCUCUUACUUUUGCACCUAUCUUGCUUGUUCAACAAUGUAGCUGCAAAGCAUGGCUACUCUGCCCGUCAUAGCCACCACUCUCACACAUCAAACCGGAGGCUGCAACGAGCUUAUAUCGCUCUUCAAGCAUGGAAACGUGUGAUCUUCUCCGAUCCUAACAACUUUACUUCCAACUGGGUUGGUCCUAAUGUAUGCAAAUAUACUGGUAUUUAUUGUACAGCUGCUCUUGAAGACCCCAAAAUCAAAGUUGUAGCUGGAAUAGACCUCAACUUUGCUGAUUUAGCAGGUUUCCUUCCUGAUGAAUUAGGCCUCUUAACUGAUUUAGCACUCAUCCAUUUAAAUAGCAAUCGCUUUUGUGGCAUUAUCCCACAAACUAUAUCCAAUCUUUCUCUUCUCUAUGAGCUUGAUCUUAGCAACAACAGAUUUGUUGGUCCUUUUCCUUCUGCUGUGCUCUCUCUUCCUAUGCUCAGCUAUCUUGACCUUCGCUACAAUGAGUUUGAAGGGCCAUUGCCUCCUGAACUUUUCCAGAAAAAGCUGGACGCAAUAUUUGUUAACAACAACCGUUUUUCUAAUGUGAUUCCAGCUAUUCUAAGUGGAAGUACAGCCAGUGUGGUGGUCAUAGCUAAUAACAACUUUGGAGGCUGCCUGCCUCCCAGUAUAUCUAAUUUUGCAGAAACUUUAGAGGAGUUGCUGUUGAUCAAUACCAGUUUGACAGGGUGUUUGCCACCAGAAGUUGGAUAUCUCUACAAAUUGAGGGUGUUGGAUGUUAGUCGUAACAAAAUAGUUGGUCCUAUACCUUACAGCCUUGCAGGAUUAGCUCAUUUGGAGAUUUUAAAUUUAGCCCAUAAUAUGAUGAGCGGACUUGUACCUGAUGGAGUUUGUGUAUUACCAAGUCUGUCUAAUUUUACCUUCUCUUACAACUUCUUCUGUGAGGAAGAGGGCAUUUGCAUGAACCUGACAUCUAGAGGCAUUGCCUUCGAUGAUCGUCGCAACUGUUUGCCAGAGAAGCCACUGCAAAGGAGCAAGGAAGAAUGCAACCCAGUGCUUGAGCAUCCUGUGGACUGCUAUGAGGAAAGGUGUGCUGCUGGUGGUGGAAUUUUUGGUGGUGCAGCUCCUUUUGGUCCUGCAGUAGUGCCUGCAGCAGCUCCUAUGUUGCCACCUUCCAUUGCUCCAAGCUCUACGUAAAUAAUCUAAUAAUAUAGUUAUCAUAAAUCAAAAUAAGUUUCAAUCUUCAGUUUGCAACUGGCCUUGUAAAUAAGUUUCUUUUUUUUUUUUUUUUAUGUAUAUAUUGCUUGGAAAAACUGUGCUUCACAGCCCACGUCCUCCAUGACCACAGAUAUAAAAGGACAAAGUCAGUUUUAAUUAA